CUAAAAGUUAUGAAAGAAAUGAUAAAUCAAGUUUUCUUUGGUGGAUACCACUUACGUACACUACUGCUUCAAAAUUAGACUUUUCGACAACUAAACCUUCCCAUUGGUUUAAACCACAAGAAUUUAUGAUGUUGACUGAAACUGGAGUGUCUUCUAAGGACUGGGUUUUAUUUAACAUUAAUGAAACUGGUUUUUAUCGUGUAAAUUACGAUUUGAAAAACUGGGAAAUGCUGAUUAAUUACUUGAAUGACCCAGAAAUGUUUUCAAAUAUCGGAACUAUUAACCGAGCCCAGUUAAUCGAUGACGCUAUGUCUCUUGCGAGAGCUGGAUAUCUUAGCUAUAAAACAUCUUUGGAUAUGACUAGAUAUCUGUAUCAUGAAACAGAGUUUGCUCCUUGGAAAUCCGCUUAUAGAUCAUUUAUUUACCUACACCAAAUGCUUAUAAAAACUCCCGCUUAUGACAAAUUAAAGGCAUAUGUUUUACAUUUAAUUACUCCAAUGUAUAAGGAAUUAGGCUUCACAGAUAGUACAAGAGAUGAUCAGCUAACAAUUUACAAGAGAUUUAAUACUCUAUCGUGUGCAUGUGAAUUGGGACACAUUGAUUGUAUUCGUAAUGCAGUGGUUCAGUUUCAGAAUUGGAGAUCAACUCCUCAUCCUGAAAAUAAUAAUCCAAUUUCACCAAACUUGAAAGCAAUCAUUUAUUGUGUAGCGAUUAGCUAUGGUGGUGAAGAAGAAUGGGAUUUCACUUGGAGUAUGUACAAAUUGACUAAAACUGUGUCAGAAAAAGAUUUGUUAUUAGAUGCUCUAGGUUGUAGUAGAGAAACAUGGAUUUUGACUAGGUAUUUAGAAAAGUUGAAUAUUUUUUUUUUAUUAUUAUUUAAGAGUAUUUUUUUCCGAACAUGUGAAAGAGGGCCAUCGCCCACUAUGAUGUAAAAUUGAUCUUUUCAUUCAAGGG